UAUAUUUCCUCUCACUGAGGCCAGCUCGCCGUCUUCCUCCUCCCCUCCACGCCUCACGGAUUUAGCACCCGAAAAAAAGAAAGCGAAAUUAAUCUCCUCUUCGUUCACGGCCUCGCCGCCACCACCUCCCCCUCCUCAAAAUUUCCCAAUUUCCGCCGCUCGCGAUCGGCGCCGAGCUCCCCGAAUCCCGGUCUGGAUUCGCGACCAUUCGCUGCGGCGGCUGCGAGCGUCGGGCUGGUUUCGGUUGGGAGUCGCGGGCGCUGCUGUGAUUCGCGCGGGGAAUGCUCUACCUCAAGCAGCCGGGCACGGAUUUAGGGUUCCGGCGGGCGGCGGCGGCGCUGUGAUCUGCGGCGGCGGAUGCGAGAUUGAGCCGGCCCGCGCCGAGGAUUCGGCCGGCCAUGGCGGCGGCGGAGAUGGCGGACGCGGAGAGCUGCCUCCAGAGCUUCGAGCUCUACGAGACCGAGUCGAAAUUUUAUAUUCUUGGUACUAACACUGACAAGACAUUAUGGAGAUUACUCAAGAUUGAUAGAAUGGAACCAUCAGAGCUCAAUGUAGAUGAGGAUUCUACUGUACACUCACAGAGUGAAUAUCUUGAUCUGCUAAAAGUUCUAGAUGAAGACCAUAGGUCAACUGGUGGAGUUAAAUUUGUUACCAAUUGUUUUGGAAUCAUCGGUUUCAUUAAGUUCCUUGGGCCAUAUUACAUGUUAAUUAUUACCGAGCAGAGAAAGAUUGGGGAUAUAUUUGGCCAUCCGGUGUACCAAGUUACUAAGACUGCAAUGAUUGAGUUAUCAAAUUCCAAGACGAGACCAAAAUUAAUUAAUUCCAAGGAUGAGAACAGGUACAAGAAGCUCUUGCAGACAAUUGAUCUUAGAAAAGACUUCUUUUUUAGCCACUCGUAUCAUAUCAUGAGAAGUCUCCAGAAGAACUUUAACGAUCCACAGGAAGGAUGGGACCUGUAUGACACAAUGUUUGUGUGGAAUGAGUUCCUAACACGAGGGAUUCAUAACAUUCUGAAAAGUACACUCUGGACCAUUGCGCUAGUCUAUGGUUUUUUUAAGCAGGAUAAACUUACAAUAUGUGGGAAGGAUAUUAUGUUGACGCUCAUUGCUAGACGCUCAAGGCAUUAUGCUGGCACCAGGUAUCUAAAGAGGGGUGUAAAUGAUGAGGGCAGAGUAGCGAACGAUGUUGAGACUGAGCAAAUUGUUUAUGAAGACAUGCUUGGACCAAGGCAAAUAAGCUCUAUUGUGCAGAACAGGGGUUCAAUUCCGCUAUUCUGGUCUCAGGAGACAUCAAAGCUGAAUCUUAAACCUGAUAUCAUAUUGCACGAAAAGGACAAGAAUUAUGAAGCUACCAGACUUCAUUUUGAAAAUCUUAGGAGGAGAUAUGGAAAUCCUAUCAUCAUCUUAAACUUGAUUAAGACACGUGAGAAGAGACCACGUGAAUCUAUACUCCGUCGGGAAUUUGACAGAGCAAUAAGGAUUAUAAAUAAUGGUCUAUCAGGGGAAAAUCAUUUGAGAUUUUUACAUUGGGAUCUUCAUAAGAACUCUCAAAGGAAAAGUACAAAUGCCCUCCUAGUGCUUUCGAAAGUGGCAUUUGAAGCUCUGAACUUGACAGAAUUCUUUUAUUGUCAAGUUUCCCCAGCUCGAAGAGCAGAGAGUUCCCUUAAUUUGAGCACUCCAUUGAAGAAUGGUUUUGGUCCUCACGUGUGUGAUGACAACAACUAUUGUGGCAAUACAGACUAUAUCGAUGAUCUUGAUGAUAUUUCUCAAGAAGAUACAUGUGGCAGUUCUGAUCCUGGUAAUGGAAUUGCAGAAGAUAAAGCUGAGGUCAAUGGAUCUACCCCAGUAAAGCCUCCAAAAUUCCAAAAGGGUGUAUUGCGUACAAACUGUAUAGAUUGUUUGGACCGGACAAAUGUUGCUCAGUAUGCCUACGGUUUAGCUGCUCUAGGAAACCAGUUACAUGCACUUGGUUCUGUUGAAUCUCCAGAAAUUGAUUUGGACUCCCCUUUGGCUCACCAUUUGAUGCAUUUUUAUGAACGGAUGGGUGACACACUUGCUUUACAGUAUGGUGGUUCAGCUGCUCACAAUAAGAUAUUCUCUGCAAAGAGAGGGCACCUAAAGUUUGCCAUUCAAUCUCAAGAGUUCUUCAGGACACUGCAACGAUACUACAGUAACGCCUAUAUGGAUGCUUACAAACAAGCGGCAAUAAACCUAUUUUUAGGAUACUUCCAGCCGCAAGUGGGAAAACCUGCACUUUACGAGCCGGAAUCUGGUGAGGAGCAUGUACUUGAUGACAAUGCAAGUAAAUUGAUGAAGAGGGCUAGAUCAGAUGGCAGCAUUCUUUGUAAAAGCAACACAUCCAUGUCCAGCAACGGCCGAAAUGGAAUGUUAAACUCAGCAUUUACUGGUUCGAAAAGUGAAAUGCAAUAUCCAAGCUGGAGUUCUGAUUCAGUGCACAGCAUUUCUUCAACCUCUGACAAUGCGGUGUCCAAGUCAAGGUAUACUCCCACAGUGUCUCAUAUUAAGCAUGUAGGCUGUGAACUAGACUAUUGCAAUGGUUCUGGUGAUUCAAAUUUCCUGGAUCUUGACUGGCUUUCAGCUUCAGACAAUGAAAGGUCAAAAGCCAUAAGUACUCCUGAUGUGAAUAUUUCAACUGUUAAUGUUGUCAGUGAUGUGAGCUCUGGGACAACGGAAGAUCAUGCUGCUAAGGUUCAGGCCCAGGGGUUAUCUGAGCAUUUUGUGCAGUGGGUUAAUCUGGGAGAGGCAUUUUGGUACUGAUAUUGCAAGAUGACUUAUCAUGUACAUCCAUGGCAGCCCCAACUUCGUUGCAAAGCGUCUUAUGAGACUACCGCAAGGAGGCAUCAUCACCACUUGAGAUUGUUUAUCAAUCAUCAGCAUUCUCCUUGUGAUAUAUGGGCUCACAAUCACACCGUCCGAAGAGUUCUCUAGGGAAGUAUACCAUUCUAUUCAUUUGUUAAAGCUUGCUCACCAGUUGUUUCUAGGGGCGAGUAGAUAGGGCAUUGUUCUUAUUUUUCUGGAAGGAAAGAAAGAAGAUAGGUAGUAUAUUAUUCUUUUGAAGCUGUACCAUUGUUCAGGCAUCUCCAUUGUGUAAAUAUAUAUGUCCGAAGUGUUUACCCCUUUUUUUCCCGUGAGGGUUGAGGUGGACAUGAAAGUACCAUUUUUCCUUCAACCUUUUUGGAUGGGAUCUUUCGAAACAUCAUGUACAUCUAUUUUUCGUUUCAACAGGAGAUACACUAUUGUGUGAUUUCCAGUGUACCAA